AUGGACGAUUUCCUUGUCAGAGAAUUAGUGCAAGAUUGGUCCCAUACGGUAGUGUUUAUUGUGCUAUGUGUGGUAGUGGUGGCGGAGACUGGUGAUAAUGAAGUUGUGGCCGUUGUACUAUCGGCUAUUCGUAAGUGUAACGACUUCGGUGACUGUGUAGCGGUUGCUUGGUAUGAUGUAGUAGUAGAUGUAGAUGCUAGAGGAUUCGUCCACGCAGGAUAUAAACCUGGCAUAAGCAAUCCCUGCAUGACGAAGCUGAUUGAUGAUUAUAAUAAUUGUAUGCGAGCUGUGUUGGAGAAUGUGUCGUCCACUUUAUUUGUGUAA